UUCUGCAAUUGCCAUCGAGUAACACACCUCCGGCCCUCCCACCCACUAAGAAACCGUUCCCUUCCCCGGGCGUCGUUCUCCCGAUCGCCGCACGGAGAAACAGACGGAGAGAGAAGGGCAUUUGGAUUGCCCGCCGGCGCCGGAUCCCGCCGCCCGCAGCCAGUUCCCGCCUCCCAUCGCCGGAUCCUUGCAUCUUCCUUCGCAUCCCGUCCUCCACCACCGGAUCCCGUCUUCUUUCCUGGCGGCGACGGCUCGGCGAACGGCGCCGCUCUUUGCCAGGUGUUCGUCGGGCUCUUCUCCGGCCACCAGCAGCACCAGGGUGGAAUAGGGGAGGGCGAUAGAUCAUGGCGGAUUUCUCCAAGGAAUCUUGCCCUUCUGUGAAGAAUAUUUUGCUUCUGGAUUCUGAAGGGAAGCGUGUUGCUGUGAAGUAUUUCUCAGAUGAUUGGCCGACUAAUGCAUCAAAGUUGGCCUAUGAAAAAUCUGUCUUUACUAAAACUCUGAAGACAAAUGCACGGGCAGAAGCUGAGAUAACAUUGUUUGAUGGUUAUAUUGUCGUUUACAAGUUUGUUCACGACCUUCACUUUUUCGUCACCGCUGGAGAUGAUGAGAAUGAACUCAUCUUAGCAAGUGUACUAAAUGGUUUUUCUGAUUCUGUUGGUCUUCUACUCAGGGGUGAUGUUGAGAAGCGGACUGCGCUUGAGAACUUGGACUUGAUACUUCUCUGCAUUGAUGAAAUUAUAGAUGGCGGCAUCAUUCUGGAAACAGAUGCAAACACCAUUGCUGGUAAGGUAGCAACCAAUGCUGUUGACGGUUCUGUCCCCUUCUCUGAGCAGACGAUAACUCAGGCACUAGCCACAGCUAGGGAGCACUUUGCAAGAUCUCUGCUGAAAUGAACAGCCAGCAUUCUUUUACGACUUACUAUAUGACCUAUAUGUGUGUUAAAGGCUGGGCUACUGUACUUUUGAGAUUCUGGGAGUUGUUAGUAAUCCUAAAGUGCUACCAUGACUGAUAACCUAGUCUAAUGUUUGGUACCAAGAGUUGGUCUCAUGCAUGCUUUGUAAUUUUUUUUUGAACCGGUGAUUUUGUAUCUGCCAUAUUUCAAAGGAAAUAUAAAUAAAGAAUCGUGUAAUUGGGUGUAAUAUAAUCUUUAUAAAAAAAUGUUGGUCUCAA